AUGGCUCCAGGGAAGAGGUCCACAUGGACCUCACGGAAACCCGAAGAACCUGUGCCAACUGAUUACGAGAAAAUAAGGGCUAUGAAUAUGAUGAAGAACAAUCAAUUGUUUCAACGGCUAGGCCUUGGACAACUGAAAUCACUAGUGACUGCUACAGCUACAAACAACAAAGAAGACUGUCCUCAGCAAUCAGAGAGUUUAUAUGAUGGUGAAAACACUGACAAUUCUAAUGAAGAGGAAUCCCAAUGUCGUAACGAUGGUCGUGCCAACAUAUCCAAUGAUGGUGAUCAGAUCUCAACAAAAGUAACAAGAGGAAAUAAAAGAAUUGUGGCACCUGUGCAGGAGCGAACAAUUAGAGUCACUAGGCAAAGAAUUGCUGAAAUAAACCAAGAAAAUAGCCACAACCUGUCUGUUCAUAAACAACUCAGUUCAUGUCCUGCUACAAACCAUGAUUCGAUCGAAACUCUUGUUGUUCCUACACAACCUAGUGCAAAUACCACCAUAGACAAUAACCCAACACAUAACAUAGAUAAUGCUAUAGAGCCUAAUUCUCUGAUACAGGAGGAGAGUGAUAACCACAAUGCAGUUGAAGGAACAAUAGAUAUCAUACCAAGGAGAAAAAGUAUGGGCAAACAACUUGAAUCGUUAAGUAGAGGACUAGGAAUGAAGAUUCCAAUCCAAAUUACUGAAGGGAGCAAGAGGCCGGAGCCACCCAUUCAAGCUGCUAAGUUUGCAUCAGAGGGGGGAAUCACAUUGCGGCAGCACAUUCCAAUAUUUCACCACUGGAAGGAGUACAAGAGGAAAGAGAAUGAACCUACAAUAAAAAACUAUAUUGGAAAAGUUAAUGCUCAAUUCACCAUGGACAAUGAUAGCAAGGCAGUGGAAGAUGCUUGUCUAGAUAUGCUAAAGGGAAAGCAGCCCAAUGCCAAGAUGUAG